AUGAGCAACCAAACCAUUAGAAACUAUGACAGCAUUACGUCUUUUCUUGGAUCCUGGGGACCCUUUCAGCGGAGGAUUUUUUUAGCCCUGGCCAUCAGCAUCUUUCCGAAUGGGUUUAUUGGCAUCUACAUAGUAUUUGUUGCCGAUACCCCACCUCACGAGUGCUACAUCCCGGAAAACUACAGCAUCAGUGAAAUGUGGAGAAACGAGCUAAUUCCGUUUGAGACAAUCGAUGGCAUUGAAAAGCGCAGCUCUUGCUCUAGGCUAAACCUAGAAAUUGUUAGGAACUACUCCCAGAAUGAUAUCAUGCCAAACUUGGAUGUGAAUGUGAGUGAAAUUCCUCUGGAGAGUUGUCGGGAUGGCUGGACGUACAGCAAGAAAAUCUACCAGUCAACUAUUGUCACAGAGUGGGACUUGGUGUGUGAGAACGCAUACAAAACCCCACUGACCACCUCCAUCCAUUACAUUGGUGCACUAAUCGGAUCGAUUCUCUCUGGCCAGAUGUCUGACAGAUAUGGGAGGAGGCCGGCUCUCUUUCUCAUGAUGGCUCUUCAGACUGUGUCCAUCACAGCGCAGAUAUUCUCCCCGAGCUGGGAGGUCUUCACCCUCAUUUUCUUUUUCGCGGGUGCGGGAGGCUUCUCCAACUAUACUAUUGCAUUCGUGCUGGGUACAGAAACUCUCAGCCCAAAAGCCCGAGUGGUCUUCUGCUCCCUCGGGGUGUUCAUGAGCUCAGCUGUGGGGUACAUGGUAAUGCCAAGUGUGGCUUACUUCCUCCGUGAAUGGCGGUUGCUGCUGAUUCCCAUGGCUGCCAUUGGCCUGAUUUACAUUCCUUUAUGGUGGUUUCUCCCAGAGUCUCCUCGCUGGCUGCUCUAUCAGGGAAGAGUGAAGGAGGCUGAAGCCACACUGAGAGAAGCUGCCAAAAUGAGUAACAUCAAGGUUCCACAGGACAUUUUUACACCAGCUGAGAUCGAAGAUGCACUGGCUAUGAAAGACAAGAAAUACAACAUUUCUGUUAUCCUGAAAAACUGCAAUGUCCUCUCUGUUACAUCACUGUGUUCUUUUCUGUGGGUCGCCAUCACCAUAAGUUACUACGCUUUAAUCCUCAACACAUCAAACCUGCAUGGCGACCCUUACUUAAACUGCUUCCUGUCUGCUCUGACCGAAGUGCCGGCUUACAUUAUUGCCAUGUUACUGCUGCAGUACUGCUCCAGGCGCUUCUGCCAGUCAUCUACACUCUUCCUUGGAGGCAUUAUGAUCCUCUGUGUUCACCUCAUCCCAAUAGCUUUACCGGGCGUGGCUGUGUUCCUUGAGAUGUUGGGGAAGUUUGGCAUCACAUCUUCAUUUUGUGUGGUGUAUGCCAUUUCAUCAGAGCUCCUCCCCACUGUUAUAAGAAACACAGCAAUGGGAUGUUGUUCAGUGGCUGCUCGGAUUGGAACCAUCAUCUCCCCAUUCAUCAUUUAUCUGGGACGAUACUACAAAGCACUCCCAUACAUACUGAUGGGAGGCUUAGCUAUUUGUGGUGCCAUCUCUAGUCUCAUCCUCCCAGAAACCUAUGGAAAGCCGUUGCCAGAGACCAUAUCACAAAUGCAGCAGAUAUGUGGGAUACGAGGAAAACAAGAAAAGGAAGCUGAAACAGGAGAGAUCACCACUGAUAACCAGAGUAAAGAAUCCAAAUUGUAGUCAGUUCUGAUUUUUUGUUUGUUUGUUUGUAUUUUGGUUUUGUUCUUUAAUGUCAAAGGUGAAAUGACAUUUAUGGUCAGACUGUCCCAUUUUGUGACUUUUUUUUUUUUUUCACUUCAACUACUUUUAUGUAUUUAUGAUUGAAAUGUGAAAAAUGAAAAUUCUCAACUCUC